AUGAAUGUAUUUGUAUAUGCAUGAUUUUGAUUUUGAUUAUUGGAGCAAUGAUUUUCAUGCCUUAUUAUUGCGCCGUUGAAUACGAGGUAAUUGCUUAUUGAAACUAUCCUACAGUAAAUUCAAGGUGUUUUAACAAUAAGAUGGGUGAAAAUAAGGUGUGAUAGAUAAAUAUUGAAAAACUAACUCCUCGUAUCGACCACCUAGACAAAUCUACUUCUAUUGAAUUUAUAUACACGUAUGAGAGAUGUUCAAAACAAACCCAAUGACCCGAAAUUUACCCGACCUUAUAACUAAAUCCGAUUUGAUCCAACUUAAUAAUAAUUUACAGUUAUGUAAAAAAAUAUGGAUGCAAAAGCCGAUUUCAAACUUACUCAAAACACUUAACAAGAAAUAAAGCAGAGCAUCGAUUAAACACCUUAUGAGGUACCUAUGCAUUGCCCAACCAAAAGCUUACCCUCUUGCCAUCUAUACGGUUCUACCAACGCUAAGCUUUGGCCAGCUAGGGGUAGGGAGGGUCAGAGAGCAAAGAAAAGCAAAAGCAGAAUUACCAAUACUACUAUUGCUUUGAGUUCCGACAGAGGCCAAGAAACUUGAAAGAAGUUGGGAAUAUCAUAAGCUUACCCAAAUCCUGUAAACCCUAAUUACCGUGAUUGCCCACUUCUUACACUGAAUUCAAUUCACGGUCAACUUCGGUAACUGAAGUUCAGGAAAAAUGGGGAUCAUAGAAAGGAUUAAGGAAAUCGAAGCUGAAAUGGCUCGAACACAGAAGAAUAAAGCCACAGAGUAUCAUUUGGGUCAACUCAAAGCAAAAAUAGCAAAACUCAGGACACAGCUAUUAGAACCUCCAAAAGGUUCUAGUGGUGGAGGAGACGGUUUUGAAGUUACAAAGUUUGGGCACGGACGUGUUGCGCUUAUUGGAUUUCCCAGUGUGGGAAAGUCUACGCUCCUAACCACACUUACUGGAACUCAUUCAGAAGCUGCCUCAUACGAGUUUACUACACUUACCUGCAUCCCUGGUAUAAUACAUUAUAAUGAUACCAAGAUUCAACUGCUUGAUCUUCCUGGAAUUAUUGAGGGUGCUUCUGAAGGGAAGGGGCGUGGGCGACAGGUCAUUGCUGUUGCCAAAUCAUCAGAUCUUGUACUAAUGGUACUGGAUGCCUCAAAAAGUGAAGGGCAUCGACAAAUUUUGACAAGGGAACUUGAAGCUGUGGGGUUGCGGCUGAACAAGAGACCACCCCAAAUCUACUUUAAAAAGAAGAAGACUGGAGGAAUUUCUUUCAAUAGUACAUUGCCAUUGACUCAUGUGGAUGAGAAGCUUUGCUAUCAGAUUCUUCACGAGUACAAGAUUCACAAUGCAGAGGUGUUAUUUCGCGAGGAUGCAACAGUAGAUGAUCUGAUUGAUGUGAUUGAAGGGAACCGUAAAUACAUAAAAUGUGUUUAUGUAUACAACAAGAUAGAUGUUGUUGGUAUUGAUGAUGUUGAUAGGCUAGCAAGACUCCCGAAUUCUAUUGUCAUUAGUGCCAACCUCAGGCUGAAUCUAGAUAGAUUGUUGGCAAGGAUGUGGCAGGAGAUGGGAUUAGUUAGAGUUUAUACAAAGCCUCAGGGCCAGCAACCAGAUUUUUCUGAGCCCGUCGUUCUUUCUGUGGAUCGGGGUGGUUGCACAGUCGAGGACUUUUGCAAUCAUAUACAUAGAACACUAGUGAAGGACUUGAAGUAUGCACUUGUUUGGGGCACGAGUGCUAGGCAUUAUCCGCAACAUUGUGGACUCUCACAUGCCCUUCAGGAUGAGGACGUCGUCCAGAUUGUCAAAAAGAAGGAGAAAGAGGAAGGGGGGAGAGGACGGUUCAAAUCGCACACAAAUGCAGUGGCUAGAAUAUCAGACCGAGAAAAGAAGGCACCAUUGAAAACAUAGACUCGAGGGUGGACAAUUGUGUGCUUUCUCAAUGUGCAUCUGGUGGUUCAGUAGUCGUCACUUAAUAUGGCUCAUACUUUCUAUAAUUGAGUUUUUCUCAUCAACUGUGGAUUUAACCCCAUUCCUAAAUAUUUCAUCAAUGACCUUUUUUACCUACAGUACUUGUAGCUUGUUCCAUCAAAUCACUCAUUUUCGAAAUAUGCAAUUAUCGGAAUGUACAAUUUUGGCUUUAUAGUGGUGUAGAGUUCGGUUUCAGUGCA